CAUGAAAUAGGCCUCCACGAGGUGUGGCGAAUAAGGUCGGGAUACGUAAAGCCGAGCAUCAUCGUGCCCCCGCAUUCUCAUCCCGCACUUCAUACACAAGUCCCACCACAUCAACCUUUCUCUCACCCUUAAUUGGCUGUUACAAAAAAAGCCCUUCUUUGCGCCCUUCUUACAUUUCUUUACAGACACCCUUGCGGAACUCCUGCACUAAUCAUAACCCAAAACAAGCAAUCUUCUCCCUUAACAGCCCUUGAAAGGAUACAAUUAGUGAUGCCAUCAACACCACGGACAUCGGAACCAAACCGUCAAGCCUGGAAAUGGCCCUCCGACUUAAUUCGGGCGGCAGCCUUGGAGUUAAAACUGCAACGCGGAAUUGCAGUGCCACUCGUGGCUAUGAACCUGAUGUGGUUUACGAAGCUGGCCAUCACGACCGCAUUCCUGGGGCGGCUUGGGGAGCUCCAGCUGGCUGGUGGGACACUUGGCUUCACCUUCGCUAAUGUCACAGGCUUCUCGGUCCUGAGCGGCCUCUGUGGGGCUAUGGAGCCCAUCUGCGGCCAGGCAUAUGGUGCCAAGAACUUCAAGCUCCUCCGCAAGACCCUCCUCAUGGCAAUCAUUCUCCUGCUGGCGGCCUCAGUCCCGAUAUGUUUCCUGUGGCUUUAUGUCGAUAAGAUUUUAAUCCGUUUCGGGCAGCAGAAGGAGUUAUCACUUGUAGCAAAGCGAUACCUCUUCUAUCUCAUCCCAGACUUAGCGGUCUCCUCCUUCCUCUGCCCUCUCAAGGCCUACUUGAGCUCCCAGGGGAUCACGGUCCCGACAAUGCUCGCCUCGGCCCUAGCCCUGGCCAUUCACGUACCUGUAAACAUCAUGCUGGUGAAGGCGAAGGGCCUCGAAGGUGUCUCGAUGGCCAUUUGGGCCACCGACCUGAUCGUCGUGAUCGUGCUGGGCCUGUACGUGGUGAUAGUCGAGAACAGGAGGAAGGAGGUGGGAGGAUGGUGGUGGGCCUCAGACCAGUGGGGGAUCCAUGAAUGGGCCCGGUUGCUGAAGCUCAGCGGGCCGUGCUGCCUCACCACCUGCCUCGAGUGGUGGUGCUAUGAGAUCCUCGUCCUCCUCACGGGCCACCUCGAGGACGCCAAGCAGGCCGUGGGAGUGCUUGCGAUCGUUCUCAACUUUGACUACCUCCUCUACUCCGUCAUGCUCUCCCUCUCGACGUGCGCCUCCAUCCGCGUGUCCAACUCUCUUGGAGCGGAUAGGGCCCAUGAAGCAUACCAGUCUGCAUAUGUCUCUAUAGGCCUGAGCAUUCUCUCGGGCCUCAUCGGUGCCUCCACCAUGGUCUUAGCCCGUGGGCUAUGGGGCCCGUUGUUCAGCCAUGACAAGGGGACCAUCAACUGCGUCAAGAAGAUGCUCCCGCUGAUGGCCAUAGUAGAAGUGGUCAACUUCCCGUUGGCGGUGUGUGGAGGAAUCGUGCGAGGGACUGCUAGGCCGUGGCUCGCCAUGUACGCAAACCUAGGCGGAUUCUACCUUGUGGCGCUGCCUGUUGGGGUCCUUCUAGCUUUCAGGGCCGGGCUGGGGCUCGGUGGGCUGCUUGUGGGCUUCUUGAUUGGGAUGACAGUGUGCUUGGGAUUGCUGGUGGUAUUCACCGCAAGGAUCAAUUGGGACAAGGAAGCCCAGAAAGCGCAAGUCCUUGCCUCGAAUGAGGACGUCAAAGUUGCCGAUGUUGAAGAUAAUACCAGCCAAAAAAUUGUGGCAAGAACGUGAUUCACCAAUUGAAUCAUUUCGUUGCUUGUCCAUUGUAAACGAGUCCAUGAUUGUAUCACUAACAGAAUGUUAAGAAUCCCAAAACA